AUGCAGCCAAACACAGCGAGCACUGGUGCUGAUGCAUCCCCGCUGCUGUGGAACGCCACCAAGGAGCUCCAGGAGGGCUUCAACGGUCACCGUUGUUCUCUUCCGUACCUACUCGGUGUCGCGCACAAUCUCCAGCGCACGCUCGAGGAUACGCGCCAGACGUACAACAACGCUAUUAAGCAGCGCGACGAGGCCCGCGCUAAGCUUAUCGCGGCACAGAACAGCCUGGCGGCGAUGGAACGCGUUGUGGGGCAGUAUGCCACAGUGAAGGAUCCAGUUGUGGCGUCCGACGGCUUCACAUACGAGAAUGUCUCGAUUUGCGAGUAUCUCAGCGAGUGUGCUAGUACCAACACAAAGGCGUACUCACAACUCACAAAGGAGGAGCUUUUAGAUGUGGUGGUGCCCAACCAGACACUGCGUCGCCUCGUCCACAUGCUUCAGCUGGUCCGCACCAGCGAGGUGCCGCCGGUAUCGCAGCGUAGCCCCAUCCCAGCCUUCGCCCCGCAACAGGGCGACGCGGCUGCGAAGAGCGGCACCAACGGCCUCAACUGGGCGGAUGAGGAGGCGGACCCCGGUGCGGCUCCUCUCCGCGUGGCAGAGUUGGAGGCGACACUCGUGAAUGCAGCUAACGCUGGCAGCCUCAAUGUCUCACAAAGCAGCGUUACUGCAGCCACCGCCCCAACCAGCAAUGGUGCACCAACACGCCGGUGGGAAAACCGACAACAGCAGCAGCAGCAGAGCGGUGGUUACAGCAGCAAGAGCACCGGCAAAAAGCACCCCUGUCUCCGUGUGUACGGGCACUGUAACUNAAAGCAGCGUUACUGCAGCCACCGCCCCAACCAGCAAUGGUGCACCAACACGCCGGUGGGAAAACCGACAACAGCAGCAGCAGCAGCAGCAGCAGAGCGGUGGUUACAGCAGCAAGAGCACCGGCAAAAAGCACCCCUGUCUCCGUGUGUACGGGCACUGUAA